UAAUAACGUCAAUCUGUGUUGUUUUUUUUGUGCUCAAUUUGCGUGGUAGUUGCGAUCAAUUUUAUUUACGCAAUAAAAAAAUGUUCCAUUUGACUUCUCGUAGUGUCCACGUGUCCAGGAUUGUGGGACAAGGACGAAAGCUUCUACACACAUCCCGUCCACGAUGGAGCAACAUCUACAAAAUCCAGACGCAGGAGGAAUUCACGGAAAAGGUCACAAAGAGCCCAACACCGGUCAUUGUGGAUUUUUUUGCAACCUGGUGCGGUCCGUGCAAGAUGCUAACACCGAGGAUUGAAUCGAUUAUCCAGGAAAAUGAGGGAAAAAUCUCACUCCUAAAGGUGGAUGUUGAUGAGCAUAGUGACCUCGCAUUGGACUAUGAGGUUUCAUCCGUUCCUGUGUUGGUUGCUUUCAACAAAGGCAAGGAAGCAAAUCGAAUUAUUGGGCUCCAAGAUACUGACAAGCUACGCAAAUGGGUUGGAGAUGUUGUGAAUAAGUCCUCCUAGGAACCAGCUAUAUUGCUUAAUGUGUAGAAACUGUAGAAAUCCUGUAAAAAUUAAAUUCACAAAAUGUUGUAAUGAUUUGUAGUCUCCCCUAA